AGUAUUUUUUUACUGUUACCUACUCUGUGAUUGAUGAAUAGUUUGACAUUGACAUUUGGUAGUUCACAGACUAGAAUAUUUUAGUCCUUUUCUUUUGAAGUUUUAGUGCCGAAGUUGUAUUGUUGUGCAUUUUGUUGAUAAAAAUCUUCAAAAUGUCGCUCGUAAUACCGGACAAAUUUCAACACAUUCUUCGUAUCAUGAAUACGAACAUCGAUGGCAAACGCAAGGUUAUGUUCGCCAUGACUGCCAUCAAGGGAGUUGGUCGCAGGUACUCCAACAUUGUCCUGAAGAAAGCCGACAUCGAUCUUGACAAACGUGCGGGAGAAUGCACUGAGGAAGAGGUCGAAAAGAUCAUUACGAUCAUGUCAAACCCCAGGCAAUACAAAAUCCCCGACUGGUUCUUGAACAGACAAAAGGACAUUGUCGACGGUAAAUACAGCCAGCUGACCUCCUCCAACUUGGACUCUAAACUUCGUGAGGACUUGGAGAGGCUGAAGAAGAUCCGCGCCCACCGAGGCAUGCGUCACUACUGGGGCCUGCGCGUGCGCGGUCAGCACACCAAGACCACCGGCAGGAGAGGCAGGACUGUUGGUGUGUCCAAGAAGAAGUAAACAAUAAAAUAAAAAACUUUCUGAAAAUUUA